GCUCCCCUCAAUUGUACGACAAAAAAGCAAUUCAAAGACAACUUUACACAGCAAUGGCAGACGAUACUAAAGAUUCCAAUUCCACUCUUCGAGGUCCACCUCCUGGAGCCACUUCACCACCCGAUCACGUUAAAACCCCUAAUAAAGUAUAUGAAGUAUUUCACACGCCACCUGAAAGUGCAAAUGCCUUACCAGACGGCUCGGGGCAAAAUACUGCAGGUGCACAUAAAGAGACGCCUACUCUAGGGGCAGCAGUCAAGACUGUACGAUGGCAAGAUUUCUCACAAGUUCAUAUGUAUCCAUGUGCCAGAGAAAGUUUUCUUACUGGAAUUGGUGGGGGCUUCGCUAUGGGAGGAAUCAGAGCUAUAUUUGGAGCGCCGAUACCUAAAGCUGCGAACUGGGCAGUUGGAACAUUCGUGUUCUCUGCUUUUGGGGCCUAUGAAUUUUGUUUGUACAGACGGCGAUUAGAACGCGCACAUAUGAAGCGUGCUGUAGAAAUCAUCGAUAGGAAGAAAGCAGAAAAGGAGGCACAGGCAGAAGAAAGGAGGAAAGAAAGAAGAAGGCUGAAGGAAGAAGCAGACAAAAAGGCUGAAGAAGCAGCUAAGAAACCAAAUUGGAAGUUUUGGUAAUAAAGUAAAAUCAAGGAAACAAUGUAUUAGCAGCUCCAUACUGCGCUAUAAUGACCAUCUAGCCCGCUUGCAUCAUUUUGUUUACUCGGAACUCGAGAUCCUGUCCCUUUCAUAAAUACCCCCAAACACCUGCCAGUACCUGUGUCGAUGAUAAUUCCUAAGCCA